AUUCCCCAAUCUGCUAUUUGGAUCAUUUCUCAAGUCGCAUACAUUGGAUAUUGAGCACUGUGUAUCACAAAUCCUAAAAGCCGUUUGAGAAUUCGUUCACCGGUUUUCACUGGGCGUUGUAUUUAUUGCGUUCUCUGGAGUCAUUCCUGCGACAACCGCAUAUACAAUCAUGGAGUCCGAACACACAAUAUUGAACCAUUAUAAUCUCAGUACCCCAUACCCGACAGAGUGGCCGGCAGAAAAGGAUGAAGCCGAUGCAUCCGAUGAAGACAUACCACAGGCGAUACCAGGUCACAACAACAUUCAGCGCCGGCAAUCGAAGAGUCGCUACUCAGCCUUGGACCGCAGACCAAGUGAGAAACGACGGCUUGUGCCUGGAGCUCAGAGGGGAGGGAACGGGCUGGAAAACCUCGUACACAACGAUGAACCAGAUGCAUUAGGACAAAUGGACAGUGUUGUGAAUGUUCUGCGCGAACGCGGCUUGCCAGUGGAUGAGGACCUGCGGUUGCGAUACCGGUUCCUAUUAUCCUCGACCACAUUUUCACCUGCCUUGUUCCUGUCCAAUGUCCACUCGGAGGACUCUAUCCAAUCCUUGUUACAAGGUCUUAGCUUCUUGUCUCGUUCCAUUGAUCAGAAAUCCGCCUCCCUCAAAGCUCUGGUCGAAUCGAACUUUGAGCGAUUUGUUCGAGCCAAAACCACAAUUGACAAUGUCUACACCGAGAUGCGGAAUCAAGGAGCUGCACCCGAGUCUGACCGCUCGCCAGGUCACUCCAGACAUGCGAGUAGAUCAAGCGCCCAUUUUCGAAAUUCAAGCGCAAACAUUCAGGCGCAAAAUAUCCCAUCUGCAGGUAACCGCAAAAACGCAUUGACCAAGGAAAGCGAAUAUGGAGUCCAUGGAAUCAAAACUCCAUUGGUCGAAGUGUCCGUGAAAGCCGAAGAAGUAUGGGGUCCUGCGUUAGGGGGCAAAGAAAAAGGGGACAACUUAAAGGCCAUACUGGCAUCCGUGGAAAGGCAUCAUGGCAUACUGGAAGUUGGAGGAGCCCUGGCAGACUGUAUCAAGAGAAAAGAUUACGAAUCGCUCGUCGAGGAGUACAUUCGAGCUCGCAGAUAUGCCGAAGAAGCUCGAAAUCUUGCAAAAGUCACAAAGCAACACGGCACUGUGCUUACCGAUCAACAAAUUCAUCAGAUUGUCAUCACCGCAAGAAUGUGGGCCGAUGUGGAAAACCGGAUCCAGGAAUUCAAGCGGGACACUUGGAAGAAGCUGGUCAGUAUUCGUCCUAGCAAUCUACAGGAAGCUGGCAUGACCCGGGAAGACGAGCAUAUGGAGCUCAUAAGCAUACUGCUCGAGUUGGGCGUGGAAGAGAAUCCGGUUUGGGUUUGGCUUCAAAGCCAAUAUGAGCACCUGAAAAGCAAGAUUGGCGUGACGUCGGACAGAUUCAAAGUUGAAGUCGAAAUCCUUCGUCGCCGAUUAGCUUUGGAAGGAAAGCCAUCCAUUCAUACGAUUUCCAGUCAUCUCCGUGCAGUCUCUCGACAAAAUGUGGAUAAUGCACCCGGGAAUAUUGACAGGGUAGGAGUUCUCGAGGUUUGGGAGAAAGUCAGGGCGACGGUUGAAGCUCUCCUCCACUCGCAGAAAGGCAUACUAGGGGAGGUUCAAGAAUUCUGGGAAUCUGCCCAAUCCUUCAUCGAAGGGAAAUUGCAAAAGACACUACCUGUUGGCUUGGACGGCCAAAGCCGGCAACACCACAGACUCUCUGAGGAUCACGUCGAUGACCUUCGCAAAGGCGUUGUGGAGCUCAUCGACCUGAUCAAGAAUGCAGUCUUUUCAUUCUUUGCGGACCCACCAAUUGAAGACAUAUCCAUGCUUGUUUCGCCUAUACCGCCUUCUCCGGCUACGCCAGCAGGAAUCUCGCCGCUUCCGACAAAGGCUGCAAGAUUGACGGUUGACCCCCAUAAUCUACCCCCGCCUUCUCCUCGGGUUGGUGAAGCAUGGGAAGACUUUGCCUUUUGGCCGCCAUAUGCCAAUGCUCUAGGCGGGGUAUAUUACCUUGGAAAUCUAAUUGUCUUGGUUGGGACGGCUGCCAGUGAAUUGGCAACCGUGAGCGUUAUCGCCCAGAACAGCCGGACGCUCGAAGGACUGAGACUCUUUGUUGGCGCGAUCCGCGAGCGUUGUGCCCAGGCCAUUUGCGCUGCCUGGGGAAAGGAUGCAGAGAACUGUAAAGCACUAGAAGACUGGACUCCUGCGCCGCAGCGAAAGGGCGUUACGCAAAUGCCCACAUAUUUUCUAAACUUUGAGAUGCGAAUCCUCGGCGGUAUGCAAAGAAUGCUCUACAUUUCCGAGGCCAUGGCGCGGUCGGGCUCCACGGACGUGGUCUUGCCUCCGCCGUCGAAGCUCCUCCAAUUGGUCCGAAGCCAGUUUGUCGGAAGCGUAUACAAAGUCUUUAGCGGAAUGGUAGAAAACGCCGAAAAGCGGACAAAUGCAGACGAGGAAGAGCAAUGGGACAGGGACACUGAUAUUCUCACUUCUGAAAUUAACGACCUGGUCAUAGCAAACACACCAGUCAAACGCAUCAACUCAAAGGACCGAAACUCCCGCAUGCUUCUCAUCCUCAGCAAUCUUCAAAUCCUGCGCACCGAGAUCAUCCCGCAACUCAUCAGCCAGUACGAAACAGACUUUAGCGUCACGCUUUCCGACGAACACAAGACCAUCCUCGACGUCCUUGGCCAAAUCGACAGCCGCAUUUUCCAGUCCUAUACGCGGCCCACCGUCGACAAGAUAUCUACCCUCGUUCUCGAAGGCAUCGCUUCGCCCUCCUGGCCACCGACUACCCCGCGACCCACCGACGUCAGGCCAUACGUGUACGAGGUUCUGCUUCUUCUCAUCCUCGUUCACACCGAAGUCACAACCACCACUGCCUCCACCCUGACCUCUCGUGUCCUCUGCUACUUGCAAGAGCAAAUGGCGCUUGCCCUCCUCGAGGGGUUCAAGAAGCGCAGAAAAUACCCCCUCAGCUCCCUCAUGCAAGCUACCCUCGACGUCGAAUUCAUCGCCCAGACCCUCAACCAGUACGCCACGGAUAAAGUCAGCGACGCCACAAGCCGCAUUUAUCUCGAACUCGACAAGGGCACGGACGAGGACGCAAGACGCAUGUUGCAGAAUGAAUUGCCCGAAAUGCGCGCCACGCUUAAACGUCUUCGUGAACAUACGCGAAGUGAAUUCGCCUGCUUCAAACGUCCCCGCGCUCCCCGCGACCGCGCCGACCGGCCCUCCCAACCACAAGAAUAAUCUCAUUUCUUGUAACAUGUCUUCUUGUCGCAUGUUCCUUUUACAAUCCAUCAUGCAUUGUACAUCGUACAUCGUACAUCGUACAUAUGCAUUAUGUAUUCCCCACAUUCCGUGUCACGUUCAAUUGAAUUUCCUUGAGAAGAUACCACUAUAUCCAUUCCUAUAUCCAUUCUUAUAUCCAUUCCCUUUUCCUUUUCCAUUCUCUUUUUUACACUUUCUCAUUUUACUAUUUUCAUUUUUGAAAUUCAAAAUCUACUAGCCGUUCCUUUCACACCCUGGACCAUGAAACCCGAAUCCAUUUGUCUGACUUACAUUGAAUCGUCAUGGCAUCUUGCACCUCUGGUAUCGACAUUUUACAGCAUUUUGGAGAAAAAGCAGAGAG